ACGAGGAGAUUCUCAGUGGUACGAUGUCUUCGUCUUUGAGACGGGAGCCUUACUGGGCGUGCCAGCCGUGCGCGUCGACCGUCUCGCGGCCAGCCAUCAGUUGUACGUUCUCCUGCUUGCUUGCUCUGACGACCGGCUGGUCUCAAUGUUUUUACUCCUUGGCUGGCUGCUGUGCUGCACCAGGCCCACCAGGGGCUCGGGUGAGUCCUGGGGUUUCAGCUGUCGCAAGCGAUGCGUUGCGAAUUUCGUCAGGUGUUGAAAUGAUGAAGCUUAAUCACCACUGCAAGCAACGGCUCUUCCCAGCCAAAAAAGUUGGAGGAUGGGUGGUGCUAGUGUAGUAACAUACUAGCAGCAACCACAGCUUCAUCACGCCCUUAACACACGCGAACGCAUCGUUUGAGGAUCGUGAGUAGCUCGUCGGAUGUCUGCACUCGAUUUCGCAGCAAUGCUGCGAGCCGAAAAGCGCAAAGCGAGGAGCGGAGCCGUAGCAAAGCCGGCACCCAAGCCACAGCAGCAGCGCCGGCCGCCGCCCGACGCCGCCACCGCGGCCCUCGACCCGUCAACACAACGACCGCCGCUGCAAACCCUGCCCGGCGCGCCGCCGACCAUCGCCUACGCGGCGGACUGGAUCAGCGAGGCCGAGGAGGCGGCGAUCGUGGCUGCGGCGAAGCGCGGCGACGACUGGGUCACUGUGCGCGGCCGACGACUGAGACGGCUGGGCGGCCCGGCGGGGGAGGCCAGCUUCGCGCCGGAGCCGCUCCCGCGGUGGGCGCGCGACGCCUGCGCCGCGGCCGCGGCGAGCGACACGUCGUCAAGGCCGGCGCCGAACCACGUUUUGGUCAACGCGUACGAUUUCGCGAAGGAGUCGUACGUGCUGCCGCACACGGACGGGCCCGCGUACGACGAUCGGACGUUCACGUUGUCGUGCGGCGCCGAUGCCGUCGUCGUCUUCAAGGAGCGCCUGAAAACGAGCGACAUCGGCGUCCGCGCGGCGGCGACGCGCUGCGAGGUGCUGCUGCGACGGCGGUCGCUCCUGGCGUUCUCCCGCGAGGCGUAUACCGAGUGCACGCACGAGAUCGGGGCGGCUCCGGACACGAUCGGUUUGUGUUGUGUGAACCUCGACGCCGCAAACGCGCGCGUCGGCGACGUCGUGGGCCGCGCGGGGGAGCGCGUGUCGUUCACGCUGCGGUGCGCGCGUGGUGCGGAGUAGUCUUAUGUGUAAUUCUGUAUCGUGUCUAGAGAAUAAGCGUUAGAGAGGAAGCG